GGGAGCACGGCAGGGAACCAACCGCUUCCUCCUUCCCCCAGUGGGGCGGGCGGCGGCAGAGCUCCGGUUCUUCCCCCCUCCAGGGCCGCUCCCUCGGUCGGCUUUGCCGGGGGGAGGGUGCGAGGCGGCGGGGCGGAGGCGGCCGCUCUCCCCGCGGCAGUAGUACGGUCCGGGGAGGGCCCCGAGCCGGGCGGCGGCGGAGAUGCGGGAGGCGGCGGCGGGGGCCGGGCCGGCGCGGCCGUACUGAGCCCGGCGGGGAGCGGCGAUGGCGUUCAGCGCCUGGCAGCUGCUCUCGCCGGUGCAGUGGGCCAGGUGGACGUGGUCGGCGGUGCGCGGAGGGGGCGGCCCCGACGGGGAGGAUGGAGGGGUCGGGGGAGAAGCGGAGGAGGAGAUCAAAUCGCCGGGUUUCAGCUCGGACUCCGAAGGUAAUUAUGAGACCCCCGAAGCAGAAACACCGACCUGCUCAGCACUAAAGGAGCCCAGCGAGCUGCAGCCUGAGGCCGGGACCCGAGGGCUCAGUGGCCAUGGGGAGCUGCAGGGAGGGGAGCAGCGCCCCGAAGAGGAGGCUCAGCCCGAGGUCGGGGCCCCUCUAUCCAACAUGGGGACCCAAAGUGGCCCUGAAGACCCGGCUGUAACACAGACUCCGGCUGAAGCCCGGCCACCGGCACCCCAUGUGGGCACAGCCGGGUGUGAGAGGGUCAUGUCGGGAGGGGACAAGGCUGACACCGGUGUGGGGCUGACAGAGCCAGAAGGGGAUGCUCCGGCACAGGAGAGCUCACCUUGUCAGCUCCAGAAUGGAAAGCUGCCUUCCCAAGAGAGCAAAGGAGGGGAAAGCACAGAGCCUGCCCCCUGCGAGGAGCCCUCAGUGCCCCUGGCAUCAGACCCUGAGCAAUGCAAGGCAGACAGUUCUGUCGUGGCAGAGCACUGCGUGCUGCAGAGCUGCCCACCAGCCCCCCAUUGCCUCCCACUGAAUGAGCACGGGGAGGACCCAGGUCCCCAGCCCACAGGGCAGCUCCCAAAAGCUGAAGUCGAUGCCCCAGAAGGUGGGGAUGGAGUGGAUACACGGAGAGCCUCACCAAGGAAGGCCAGCAGGAUCCCAGCCAGCAAGCUGACUCCGAAGAGGCACAGGAGGCCCAUAGAGAACACAGAGAAAGGACCCCAGGGCUCCCCCAGGGCCUCCCCUGCACCGUGGGACAACCCUGAGCUUGGCCCCUUUGGCAGUAACUCAGCACUGCAGCACUCGCCUGCCCUCCCCAAAGGCUCUUACCAGUUUGACCCCAAUAACUUUGACUCUGUGGAUCCCUUUAAACCCACCAAGACCCUCAGCAGUACCACUGACUGCUGCCCUGCAGCCAACAACAGCCUGAAUGAGAUCCUGGAGUCCCAGACGCUGGAGGAUGAGCUGGGAAAGAGCAGAGGCUCCCCACAGAAGGGCAAAUCACGUCUGAUAACGACUACUGAACAAGUGAAAUUUCUCUGUUUUCUGUUGAGCGGCUGCAAGGUGAAGCAGUACGAGACGCCGGCGCUGGUGCUGGAUGGUUGUGCUCAGGAUGAGGGAACGUUGAUCUCAGAAAUCCCAGACGUUGCCACUCGGGAUGGACGUGCCACUGAUGAGGAGAAGUUGGCAUCCACCUCCUGCACACAGAAAGCAGCCGGGCUGGAGAAGAAGGGAGAACCUGAGGAUGACCUGGAGUACUUUGAGUGCUCCAAUGUCCCUGUACCAGCGGUGAAGCCUGGCAUGGAGGCAGGCUUUGAGAAGGAGCUCUCCAAGCAAACGGACAAGGAUGGAUCUGUUGCCUUCCCUGGCCAUCCCAUGCUGUGCCUGGCAGACAAACCCCCCACAGCCAUCACCAGUGGCAGCAGAAGUGACAGCCCCUUGGACAGCAUCUGCCUGAACGCCUCCGAGAAGGCGGCCGUGCUCACACUCAUCCGGGAGGAGAUAAUCACAAAGGAGAUCGAAGCCAAUGAGUGGAAGAAGAAGUACGAGGAGAGUCGUCAGGAGGUCCUGGAGAUGAGGAAAAUUGUGGCUGAGUAUGAAAAGACCAUUGCCCAGAUGAUAGAGGAUGAGCAGAGGACAAAUAUGACCUCCCAAAAGAACCUGCAACAGCUCACCAUGGAGAAGGACCAGGCGCUGGCAGACCUCAACUCUGUGGAGAGGUCCCUAUCGGAUCUGUUCAGGAGAUAUGAAAACCUGAAGGGUGUCCUGGAAGGUUUUAAGAAGAAUGAAGAAGCCCUGAAGAAGUGUGCUCAGGACUAUUUAAACCGUGUCAAGCAAGAGGAGCAGCGAUACCAGGCCCUGAAGGUCCACGCGGAGGAGAAGUUGGACAAAGCCAACGAGGAGAUCGCCCAGGUGCGCACCAAGGCCAAAGCAGAGAGCGCAGCUCUGCAUGCAGGGCUGAGAAAGGAGCAGAUGAAGGUGGAGUCCCUGGAGAGAGCCCUGCAGCAGAAGAACCAGGAGAUCGAGGAGCUGACCAAGAUCUGCGACGAGCUGAUCGCGAAGCUGGGCAGGGCAGACUGAGCUCACCACCCCCAGCUCCACACCCGGCUGCUUUUCUCCUACCUUCGAGCACUUUGCCUUAUUAUUACCCCAGAGCGACCCUGCAGAAAGCACACGUGUGGCUGCUGCACCCCAGGUGUGAAGGUGGCCAUCCCCAUGUGCUGUCACUGUCCUCACGUGCUGCAUGGCACAGCACCAAGGGCUGUUGUUUGGAGCACCAGGGAAGGAGCUCUGCUUGGAGCUCCUUUCCCCACUCAGCACGGCGAGGCACAGAGCAGCAGUCACUCUCUGGAUCUUGCACUGCUCUCUCCAGUCCCCCUGCAGCACUGCGUAAUGAGGGAAGCAAACAAAGCUGCCCUUUACAGGGAAAGGCAGAUCCAGGCAGCAUUUCCAUGCAGGCUGCCUGCUGCUUUUGGAGGUGGUUACUCCUUAGUGAGCCCAGCAGAAGGGCUGAGGCUCCUUCCCUCACCACACACAGGCAGCCCUGAGGUGUCAGAUAAGGGAAAUAAAUGCUGUUGGACUGUUUCCUACCUAGCCCAGCUAAAACCUUAGCAAACCUUUUUGCUGCUACCUUUUUUUGUAAAAGAAAUUGAGCUGUUUUUCCUUCUAUUUUCUAACCCCUGCGUUCCGCAUGCAGUGCAGACAUCUGUUAAAGCAGAGCCAUACACCGGAGAUAUAUUUUAUUAGUUAUCUAUUAGAAAGGAUUUAUUAUAUAGACACAAAGCUCGGGCACACGCAGGGUCCCCACCCGGCUCCCACUGACUCAGCAAAGGGGCUGAUGGCUGAUGCUGUGCACCUGCAGUGUUGUGUUGAACGUUCACCUCUUUGCACAGCUGACAGAAUAGAAAACCCCCUUUUUUCCCCCUCUUUCCUUUGCUGGGUUGUCACACUGCCAACCACAACCUGCUGCAGCACAGCUCCCCUCACCAGCACCGUGGUGGCUGCAGCCUGGCACCACUCUCUUCCCUUCUUCUCCUAUGUAUCGAGCUCCACAGCAGCCCUCCCAGCCCCAGCGUGGCUGCAGGGCACUGGUGGCAGCCAGGAGCGAUGCCAGCACAGCGAGAUCAAAUCUUUGUGAUGCUUCCUGCAGCACGGAGCUGCGUGGAAGGCAGAGCUGUACCCGCAGCAGUGAUACGAUGUGGCAGCAUCCUCACACUGCUCUGCUCCUGCUGUCCACAUGCUGCUGCCUCCACCACCCGCGUGCUGUUGCAUUUCUGUGCCUCUCAGCGUGCACGUCCAGUCUGGGCAAAGAUUCCUAAGGAAUGAUUUAUUAACUAUAAUAUGGUUAUAGUUGCAUAUAUAUAAAUAUAUACAUACCAGCCAUAGUUACCUAUAACAGAAGGCGUAUUUUAAGUUCACGUGGGCAACACUGCUGCAUCCCCUGUUGCAGCUGUGGCCACCUUUCCUGCAGCAGAAAUGAUGUGUCCCUUUCAGCAGCAGUGUCCAUGAACGCAGUGUUGCUGUGUGUGAGUUUGCCCCUAGAUCUUAUGUCUGCAGUGAAGUGCCAACGAGUGCCCACCCUGACUGCUCCCUGCUUCCAUCCCUCCAUCCUCCCCCCCCCCCUUUGUGCUGACUACUACCAGGCUCACUUUGUACACCAUCCAUCGCUGCCAUCAGCCUUGAUUUUGUAUGUAAUUUCCCUUUUAUAUGUCAGGUAAAUAUUUGUAAGAGUUAUACUCACACAAAGGAGAUUAUUAUGAUGAUUACUAAUAUAUAUAUAUAUUUUUCCCCCCCCAUGUUUCAUUGCCUGAGUAAAAAUGGUGUUUAUCACUCUU